GGUUUCCCAAGCAAACACCUUUCAAGGAUUACAUUCCUCUCUGCUCACCGUCGCUCGCUCACUCCAAUCCCAAUCUGCAAUGAAGGAGUGAUGAAGGAGCUUGCACAGUUCCACAACAUGGAUACCCUUUCAAGGAUUACAUUCUUCUCUGCUUCUCACAACCUUAACCUUCCAAAAAAUCAUGCCAUUUCACCUUUCCCAUGUUCUUUUUCCACCAAAACAAGUACCCCAUUGGCUUCAGUCUUAAGAGCUGGUCCUCCUUCACCUGCAGUGAGUGAUGCAGAAGAGGAAGUGUUGCAAAUGUUUUUCAAGGAGAGAGAAUUAAAUGGAGAUUUUAUAUCAAAAGCUUCUGAUAUAUUAUGGCUGAGGAAAUUCAGAAGUUCUGUUGAUUCUGAUAUUAGCAACCUCACUAACAACAAUGCUGCCUCUCAGCAAAUAGAACUGGAGCAGAGCAUUGAGAGCAACAGUGAUAAUGGUAGUGCUAGUGGCUUUUUGAAACUUUCAACAACCCAGGAGUGGGUGCUAGGUGAUGAGUCUGCACCACGAAACAAGAGAAUGACUGCUAAGAUGUUGCAAGACAGCAGCGAAAGAAGAAAGAAACUGAACAUUCUCCAAUAUGAAUCUCUCAAGAGGGAACUACUUCUUGUAUCGGUGGCCGUUGGACUUGCUUGUAGUGGAUAUUGCUUGCUGGUUUUUUCAGUGCAGGCUGCUAUAAGUUAUGCAAUUGGUGUCCUUUUCAGUUUCUUGUACCUUCUGCUCUUGUAUCAACAUGCAGACAACCUCUCCAGUGAAAGUGUUCCUCAAAUAUUCAGGAAAAAGAAGUCAAAGAAAAUUGGUAUAAGAAGUGAGGACCUUCAAGAUUCAUUGGAGCGGUCCAUCAAGGGUUGCAGCAUGGCACUUUCAUCUCCAAGGCUUGUGAUCCCAGCGACAAUUUAUGGACUUUGGGCUCUGUCUCAUCGGUAUUUCACCAAUGAUUUCUUUGAUUUUCAGCUUGUGCCGGCUAUGUUUGGGAUGUUUGUCUACAAGGCUGCAGCUCUAGUGCAAGUUUAUAGAGACAAUGAAGACUUGCAGCUUGUAUUUCCAGAAAAUGAGGAUUGACCGAAAUAUGUUGUUGGUUGUGCUCAAUGCAGUACUUCCUACCUACUCGACUAUUUGAAAUGCAGAGCUGCACACAGAUUUGUACACACUGAAUACAACCCUUCGGUGCUUGUGUCUUCCUGAUGAAUUCAUAGUAGAGAGAUGGUGGAGUAGAAAUAGAAGACUUUUGAUGUCUAAUACCUAUAGAUUUUUUACAAGCAUAUUAAUAAACCUACAUCAAUGUCAAAUUGUUCUGCUUUCUUGUUAGAAUA